GACAGAAGUCCCAACACUGUUAUUUUUUCACAGCAUUGCAUUUCCAUGCUGGGAAGUCUUCUCCUGCUCAAUUUCUCCCUGUCAUGCAGUUUCAAAGGCACAGAAGCCCAACCAGAAGAAGGUGGCAGCUCUGUUCACCCAAGUGUUCAUAUGACAGGACAACCAAGUACAGUUUUUACAUUAUCGGGAGAUUAUGUGAAACAAUGGAGGCAGUGCUUCAGGAGUGAAAAGUGUACACGGAAACCUCACCCGGCAACUGGGCUCUCAGAAAAGGAUUCAAACACUACGACGUUGUUCCUCAUGGCUACCAAGCCCCAGAAGCCCCAGGAGCAGAGCUGCCGAUGAAGCGCCGGCGGGGCUGCUGCUGAGGAUGAGGAAGAUGGAGCCCCAGGGAGAGCCCCCCAAAGGCCAGGGCCAGGAGGAGGAGGAGGAGGAGGAGGAGGUCUUGCUCUCGGGGACCUUCUGCCUGCUCCCGGCCCCGGAGCCCAACUGCGCCUUGACCCUCACCCGCGGCGCCCAGCUCAGGAUGCGGCGCCUGGACUCGAACUCGGCUCCCUGGUCCUCCUCCUGCUCGCUGCUCAGCCUCUCCGACUGCAUCGGCUGCUACGCUUUCCAGAGCUGCUGCCCCCACCGCCGCCGGGACUCUGCCUCUGCCUACUUCACCCUCUUCUGCUACCCGGCCAAGAAGGCGGCAGCCUCCUCCUGCUGCUCCCGGCAAAGGGUGGCCAGGACUUUCGGGGUCUCCGCUUCGCCAGGGGCCGAGGAGAACCGCAGGGUGGCCGAGACCUGGGCCAGGCAGAUCCGGCAGCUGGCCACCCCGAGGACCCCCGCCCUGGAAGGAGUAAUGUAUGGUCUCCUCCCUCGGCCCUGCCAAGUGCUGGUGUUGUUGAAUCCACAGAGUGGAUCAGGCCGGGCCCUGCACUUAUUCAAGUCCCAAGUCCAGCCAAUGCUAAAGGAGGCCAACAUAGGAUUUGAUAUGUUUGUAACUGAGAAGCAUAACCAUGCCUGGGAUCUGGUGAGGGAAGAGGACAUGUCCAGGUGGGACGUCUUGGUGGCCAUGGCUGGAGAUGGCUUACUGUAUGAGAUGAUAAAUGGACUGAUGGAGCGUCCUGACUGGAGGUCUGUGAUCCAGAAGCCCCUUUGUAUCCUCCCAGGGGGCUCUGGAAAUGCCUUGGCUGCUUCUCUCAAUCACUAUGUGACCAAGGGCAACUUUGUCAAGGAAGAGCUGCUAAUGAACUGCACGUAUUUUCUAUGUAAAGGCCUGCAUGCUCCCAUGGACUUAGUGUCCCUACGCACAGCUUCAGGAAAGCGCCUGUUCUCCUUCCUUAGCUUUGGCUGGGGUUUCGUAUCUGAUGUGGACAUAGCCAGUGAAAGGUAUCGUAAACUAGGCAGUGCCCGCUUCACUGUAGGCACAUUCCAGCUCUUGACCUCGCUCCAAGUUUACAAGGGCCGCCUCGCGUACCUGCCAGUUGAAGAGCAGAGCCCCACCCCGAUUUCGUUUCCUCCUGGAGCACAGAACUGCUCAUCAGCACAGGACACCACCCAGCCAUCCUCCAACAACAGCAAGUCGCCAGUUCAUAUACUGCCCCCAUCUGUGCCUUCACUCCCUAGUGAGGACUGUGUGCUAGAGGACUCCUUGUUGGUACCCUUAGAACAACCGGUUCCUAGCCAUUGGACUGUAGUGCCUGAGGAGGAGUUUGUCUCCAUCGUUGCUAUCCUUCAGUCCCACCUGGGUGCAGAUCUUCUCUUGGCUCCCCCAGCCAAGCUGUAUGAUGAUGCAAUCCACCUUUUCUAUUUGACUGCUGGGGUCUCCAGGAUGGCCAUGGUCAAGUUCUUCAUGGCCAUGGACAAAGGGACGCACUUGGCUCUCAAUAACCCCCACCUCCAUUAUGUGCCUGUGAAAGCCUUUCGGGUUGAGCCCCUCGAGCACAAGGGCUUCAUGACAGUGGACGGUGAAGUGUUGGCAUGUGAAGCUGUGCAAGGUCAAAUUCACAGACAACUUGCCCGUAUCAUCACAGGCUCCUGAGAGGCCUGGGGCCCUCAGAACAAGGAGCAGUGGUGCUAGGAGCAAAAGGGAUCUUGUAAACCUGUGGGGUGGGAUGAGGAGAUUUCACCAAUGCUCCACCUGGUCAAGAAAACAUCAACUGAUCAUUCUCAGGGGGAACUUGGCUUCAGAACAGCUAUUUAGUUAUUACAUUAUGAAUGAGGGCAAGCCACCUUUCUUGUGUUAACAGAUUAUGUCCUCUCUCCAGUGCCGUGCAGUAGAAAAGUUAGUUUUAGAGUCUUCCAGUUCUGCAUAGCUCUAGAGGAAGAGAAGAGAGGUCUCCAGAUUAAACCAAAGCCAGCCAGCUCCACUGCAAGGCUGUUUUGUCCUUCUUCCCAAGUUCAAACCUGCCAUACAAAGCAGCUGAAGCAGAGGGCAUGACAUCAUCCUAAUACAGUGUUUAGAUAAAAAUGGCUCAAUCCCAUGCCCCUCUGAGGACCAAUUUAAAGCCUCUCAUUUUGUAAAGGUUUUUUUUUAAUCACUGUUGCUACACACACACAAAAUUGUACAUAGUGGUAAAUUAUACUAUGGAAAAAUCAAAGAUGUAGCUUCUUCAAAAAUAAAAGCUAUGAAAGGAAACCAAAUGGAUUUCU